CUUAUGGCAGUGUUCAUUUUUUUCAUUGUUGUAGUUAGUAAUGUCAUUGAUGUUUCAAAACAAAUUCUGGACAGAAAUCUACAAGUUAUUUGAGAGUUGAAUCAUGAGAGGAGAGGAGAAUCAUGCUGAAACUAGACCAAAUCCAGGACAAUAUCACAGCAGCGGUCGGAACAAUGCAGAAGUCAAUGAGCCAGCCAAGAACCUCUGUCUCUGAUCUUACAUAGGUGCUACAGGUACCCUGUAAGACUGUGGAGGAAUUAAAAGAGCUGUGUGAUAAGCUGAAAGAUGCUGACUUUCAAAAGAAGAUGGUAUGUGCCACAAUACAAUCAACAUUACUAGUCAUUGUUAACCUGAAAUAAUUUUAAAACAAUCUACUCUUGUGAUUAAUUGCUGAUUGUUGUUGUUUGUAGAUUCGUUAUCUGUGUCUUCAGAGUGGAGGCAACUUAGGAGAUGGAAUUAGGAGGAUGCUGAAAAAAAUUGGAGAUAACUCCUUAUGGAAACAUGAAAGUUACAAUGGGAGAAAGGGAAAACGUAAAUUUCAGCAGCUCCUAAUCAAUGAUUCCAUCAUAUAUAAGUUUCAAAACUUGCCACUAAUGACUUAUAAUAUGUAUAUGCCAAUCCCCAAGAUCUCAAAAAUUAUUUGGAAUGCAAAUAGGUUGUAAAUAAGAAUGUACAUGGUAAAUGUAAAAGUUGUUAGUUCUCAGUACAUAAAUAUUCAUACCAUGAUCUAUUAUGAAAACAAGAGUAAUGUUGAUGCUUUUUGAAUAGAACUUUAGUCUGAGUUAUAGUUUUAAUAACUGUGAUCUCUGUAUUGAAUCAAGGUGACUGCAGUAAGGCAUACCCACACCAAAAAUCCCAGAGUGUGGAGGAAAUGAUUGCUGUGACCCUAAAACAUGCCCCAGAUCGUGCAAAAACAGCAAAUCAGGCGAGUGCAUUAUAACAUUUAAUUCUAGCAGUUAUAAACCAUCAGCCAAAAAAACAUUUAAUAUUCUCACACUGACGGACGGAUGGAAAGAGACAGACAGACAGAUAGAUGGAUAGAUAGACAGACAGAUAGCUAGAAGGAUAGACAGAGAGUUAGAUAGAUAGAUAGAUAGAUAGAUAGAUAGAUAUACAACAGAUUAAUUUGUACCUGUUUUUCAGCAUUAUAGCUUUGGGUCACACACUUUGAUCUGGAUGAUCAAACGCAUAAUGGAUUUCCAAAUAUCGCAUGUAAUUAACAAAAUGUUUCUUUAGCUUUACGCUUUAUGUAACAACUCUCCAAAUUUAUGCUGUAGACAAUAAUAUCAGAACAUUAUCAAAGUACAUAAAAUAACAUAAUUCAAUUUACAUUACUUGAUGUCACAGUAAAACAUGAAUACAUGGCAUUUUCACAUGCUGAGUUCAUGAUCUCUGAACUGUGACUGAGAUGCCAGUGUAACAAGGUCGUCCUCGAAACAACACUAGAUUAUGAGCUCAUACUAAAGUCAUUUUUAUUUUUUAAGCGUACGUGGCUUCGUCUCUAAAGAGAUCGAGCAAUAGCAAUAUUUUAGUAUUUUCUUUUACACUACACACACUACAUAAGUGGGUGACGCCAUUAUUUUGACUUAAAACAUGUAGUUAGCAGAACAUUUUACAUAUAUAGGCUGUAAAUUUGGUUGGUGAGGGAGAAAGGGUCAAGUGAACUGCUUUGGAACAAUUAUGUCACCCACCUAACCAGUUGAUCCAGAUGAAAAGCGUAAAUGUGCGCGUAAUCGAGUGAAAAAGUUGCGCAUAAUUAACAAAGAGUUUCGCUUUAAGCUGCAGACAAUAUCAUAAUAACAUCAAAGAUCCUAAUAAAAACAAUCAAUAUAUGUCAUGAGAUAACUUACAUUACUUGAUGUCACAGUAAAACAAGUAUAGAGGGUAUUUUUCAUACAGUGAGUACAUGAUCUCUAAGCUGUGCCUGAGAUGCGUGUGUGACGAAGUCGCCAUGCAAACAAAGUUACUUUAUGAGUUACAUUAUGAGCUCAUGUGUAGAGCUCGAGCAGUAUGAUGUUUGCAUUUACACAUAUGCACAAUGGGUAACAACUAUCCAAAUUCACCCAUUUUAACAUCUGAGUAAAUGUUCACACCAAUAAUGAUGACAUAAACAGGUACGAAUUAAAAUAUUAGGUUAACAAGAGACUUGGGUGAAGGCUUUUCAGUUUUAACCACAGUUGACAAGCAGACACACGCGCGCACACACAGAAAGAGCACAGCACCUGUACAAUUGUUCAAUUAAAAUAAAUGUACUUUGUUCCUUACAGUUUCUCACAUGUCUGUUUUCUCUGGUUAGCCGAAAGGUAAAAUAAAACGACGUUCAGAGGACUUUAACCGAAAGUCCUCUAAGCGUCCCAAAUGGCUGCUGGACGUCCUGUCAACGUCCCCUUGAAUGUCCUUAUGACGUCAUUGCGGACGUCCGCAGGACGUCAAGUGGACCCUACACAUGGUCGUUCGGGGGACGGUCGCAGAGGCUAUUUAGGGGACGCUCUGGAGACCUUUUUUUGUCAGCUGGAGAGUAUUUUAUAUAUUCAAAGAAAUCCAUGAGUACUAAUUACAUUGUGUAUUGUUUUAUAAAUAUAUAUUGUGCAUUUGUUUUUAGAUGAAAAUUUCUGCAUAUUUCCCCACAGUUCACGAGAAAAGGAAGCGAUACCCAUGUUGCACACAAUCUGGCACAUUUAUAAAUAUUUAGUUAAUUUGUUUAUUUCCCCAAGAAAUUGUAGUCACCUACGGAAGCCCCAAGCGUCCAUGCAUUAUUAAAUAUUAUUUUCUGUUGUUUUCUCGUGAUCUUGUUUUCUCACGAUGUAAUUUUAUCCCGAGAAAGUCUCGCGCUUUGUGAAUGGGACUGGUUUUACAUGCAUGUUGGCAUCAUCUCCAUCAUGAAUGUAAUAACUGCCCGCUGUAGAGAUGGACUUUAUCUCCACAUUACGACACAGGGGUGUGUAUCCCCUUCUCAAGUGUCGGACACUAAUGUAGAAGUCGUCAGUCCUACAGGGAUGAGGUGUGUGUGUGCGUGUGUGUGUGUGCAUGCAUCUCCCCGAUUCCCUAAACACAAAAAGCCAAUAGGAUUUUUCCAUUGGCUUUUAGAUUACUGCAGAAAUAAACACUGUGACCAACAAAAGUUCAUGAUUUCUACAUGUUUCGUUCACUAAGAUAAUCAUGGCAAAUGAACACAACUUUUAUGAUUUUUGAAGCCUAAAUAUAAUCGCCAGAAGUAAAAGCUAAUGCUAGGCUCUAAACGAACUACACCACGGUCGCAUGACUUCAACGUCACCACCGCGACGAUUCCGACAACUCUUUCAAUCUUUUUUUUUUUUAACAAUAUAAUUGGAAAAUACUAUAAAUUGAUACACCAGGAUGGAAAGUUUGAGUGCGAGAGUGUGAAUAUAAACACAGUGAGGCUGUAGUAGAGACAGGAGGUUGGUCGAGUGCUGGAUGUCUGAUUUUAUUUUCUUGGUUUAAUUUCUAACGAGGAAUAAGCACCAGAAAAUCCAUGGCGGACCUCACUCAGUUCACAAAAAGAUAUAUGCAGCAACUACCUUUCCUCAUCCUCUUGAACCUGGCUGGGUUAUACUUUUCAGCAGCUCUUCCACCAACGAAAGCUCCAAUUUUUGGUAAGCCGUUUGUGGUCAUUUGGAAUGCUCCCAUCGACAAAUGUGAUAAACUGCAGAUCCCCCUGGACUUGGGUGUGUUUCAUGCCAUCACCACACCUCAGCAGGUGCCUGACCAAGUCCUGACCCUCAUGUAUAGUAGCAGAUUGGGGCUUUUUCCUUAUAUUGACCUCUACAAUUUCACACAGUACAAUGGAGGCAUUCCACAAAAGGGAAACUUAACUGCCAGUCUGCAGAAAGCUAAAAAAGAGUUCAACCAGUACAUUCCAUCAUCUGCACCUGGCCUGGCUGUCCUUGACUGGGAGGAGUGGUUUCCUUUGUUUGAUCGAAAUGCAGACUUAAGAGAGAUCUAUAAGGCAGUGUCCAUAAACUACACCCUUCAGCAGAAUCCCUCCCUUACAAGCAACCAAGCUACAUUUAUAGCCAAAGAGCAAUUUGAGAAAGCAGCCAGAAGUUUCUUGAAAGAAACAUUGCAGUUAGGAAUCUCACAAAGACCAAAUAUUCUCUGGGGCUUUUAUUUGUUCCCUGACUGCUACAACUACGAUUUUUUGAACCCAAACUACACUGGAAAAUGUCCUCAGAGUGCAAAUAUAUUAAAUGACAAACUUCAAUGGUUGUGGCAGGCAAGUACUGCAUUCUUUCCAUCAGCAUACAUGCCACUUUCUGUAAGUAAAACCCAGAAAGCAGCUCUGUUUGUUCGACACAAGGUGCUAGAAGCAAUGAGAGUGGCAGAGUCGUCACACCGGCCCUACAUUGCUCCCAUUUAUUUGUAUCUGCAACUCCUUUUGCGGGAUCAAAAGGGCAUGUACAAGUCAGAGGCUGACCUGAUUCGGAGUAUUGGCGAGAGUGCAGCUCUGGGAGCCGCUGGAUGUUUACUGUGGGGCUCUAGCUAUUAUUUUAAAGACACGGAAUCAUGCGCAUCCCUUUCUACAUACUUGUCUAACACAGUAAAUAAGUAUGUUGUCAAUGUUACAACUGCAGCUGAACUGUGCAGUGAUGUGCUGUGUCAGGGUAAUGGCCGAUGUGUCCGUCAAAGCUAUGAUUCAGAUGACUACCUACACCUCAACAUAAACAGCUUUGUUAUAGAGAAGAUUGAUGGAAUAUAUAAAGUCUUUGGGCAACUUUCCAAUAAUGACCUCAUCGACUGGGCUAACAAGUUCACCUGUCAGUGCUAUGAGGACAGAAAAUGCAUGGCUUAAUUUGAAUCUUUUAUCCAGCAAAAGUAUCAUUCAUAAAAUUGAUGACAAUUGACAUUUUUCUACACUGCAAAACUUUGCUGUUUGAUUAUAACUUCUCUUCAGAUGAUUAAUAUAAGAAAACCUUUCAGAACAUUCCUUUCUACCAUUUAUAUAUAUUUACACAGGUUUCUUAUUUCUUGGUACUGUAUUGCUUGAACAAGUAAAAGCUCUGAAACAGA